CCAAAAACAACACAAGACCGAAACCGAAACUGAACCCGAAAGAAACCCCAACAAGAUCGAACCAAGAAAGCAAUUAAAUUUCAAAUACUCGCAUUCGUACCCAUAAAUUAAACGAUUACAGUCGAUGCUCGUAACUCAAAUCGAAAGAUAAAGCCCCGAAAGAUAGUUGCCCCAAUUGGGGGCCCGACGCCCGCCCAAGUGGAGGAAAAGAGAAACAAGUGAUAUUCAAGUUUUUCCACAUUUUAUUGUGCAAUUAAUUUGUUGUUCAUUUGAACUUUUUUUUUCGAGUGAGAUUUUGUGAGUGUUUUGGUGAUUGGUGAUUGUUGAUUGUUGAUUGUUGAUUGGUGUGUUUUUUGGUGGUCCAAAAUGUUGAACAAAAACUCUGCCUCGUCGCAGUCGCUGCCGCGUGUGCACAGCUUCUUCAAUAUGAUACCAUCGAUCAUGCAGGACGAUCUGGCUGUGACCAUACUCGCCGAUCGGGACAAUAUGUUCUCCAUUAAGUCGCAGCGCAGCCAUGGCGAGGAUCUCAUUGUGACGCCGUUCGCCCAAAUUUUAGCCAGCUUACGUUCAGUGCGCAACAAUUUAUUAAGUCUGACAAAUGUUCCAGCAUCAAACAAGCGGCCAGCUCAAUCGUCAUCCGGACGCGGCGGAAACGCCAGUGGCGUCCAAUUGGCGCAGGGGGACGAGGCCUACACACGCCUAGCCACCGAUACCAUUGAGGAGUUAGACUGGUGUUUGGAUCAGUUGGAGACCAUACAGACGCAUCGCAGUGUCUCCGACAUGGCAUCACUCAAGUUCAAACGCAUGCUAAACAAGGAGCUGUCACACUUCAGCGAGUCAAGCAGAUCGGGAAAUCAGAUUUCCGAAUAUAUAUGCUCCACAUUUUUGGACAAACAGCAGGAGUUCGAUUUACCCUCGCUGCGCGUGGACGAUAAUCCGGAGGUGGCCAGCGCCGCGGCCGCCAUCAACCAGCAGGCAUAUGGGGUUGCACGGGCCCGGUCGCCGCGCGGCCCACCCAUGUCCCAGAUCAGCGGAGUGAAGCGGCCACUGUCCCACACGAACAGCUUCACCGGCGAGAAGCUGCCCACCUUUGGCGUGGAGACGCCCAAGGAGAACGAGCUGGGCACCCUGCUCGGGGAGCUGGACACCUGGGGCAUUGAGAUAUUCAAGAUUGGCGAUUGGAGCUGCAACCGCCCGCUCACCUGUGUGGCAUACACCAUAUUUCAGAGUAGAGAAUUACUGACCAGUCUUAUGAUACCACCGAAAACUUUUCUUAACUUUAUGACUACUCUGGAGGACCACUACGUCAAAGACAAUCCGUUUCACAAUUCGCUUCAUGCCGCUGACGUGACACAGAGCACCAAUGUGCUGCUCAAUACACCGGCUCUCGAAGGCGUGUUCACACCACUCGAGGUGGGCGGGGCACUGUUUGCCGCUUGCAUACACGAUGUUGAUCAUCCAGGAUUAACCAAUCAGUUUUUGGUUAACUCAAGUUCCGAGCUAGCAUUAAUGUACAAUGACGAAUCUGUUUUGGAAAAUCAUCAUUUAGCGGUUGCCUUUAAAUUAUUGCAAAAUCAAGGAUGUGAUAUAUUCUGUAAUAUGCAAAAGAAACAACGCCAAACAUUGAGGAAAAUGGUUAUUGAUAUUGUGCUAUCCACGGACAUGUCCAAGCACAUGAGUCUGCUGGCCGAUCUGAAGACAAUGGUGGAAACCAAAAAAGUGGCCGGCUCUGGAGUUUUGCUGCUGGACAACUACACCGAUCGUAUACAGGUGCUUGAGAAUCUGGUGCAUUGCGCUGAUCUAAGCAAUCCCACCAAACCGCUGCCGCUUUACAAGCGCUGGGUGGCCCUACUCAUGGAGGAGUUCUUCCUGCAGGGCGACAAGGAGCGCGAGUCGGGCAUGGAUAUCAGUCCGAUGUGCGAUCGACACAAUGCCACCAUCGAGAAGUCGCAGGUGGGCUUCAUCGACUACAUUGUGCAUCCGCUCUGGGAGACCUGGGCCGAUUUGGUGCAUCCCGAUGCCCAGGACAUACUCGAUACGCUUGAAGAGAACAGAGACUACUACCAGAGCAUGAUACCGCCAUCGCCGCCACCAUCGGCGGCCGAUGAUUUGCCACAGGACGAGAAGAUACGCUUUCAAGUAACUCUGGAAGAGUCCGAUCAGGAGAACCUGGCCGAACUGGAGGAGGAGUGCGACGAUGAGAGCGAGGGCCGGGCCGAUGCCGGCUCCAGCACCACCACCGGCACCACCGCCACUGCGGCGAUGGGUGGCGGGUCGGGUGGGGGCGGCGGUGGAGGUGGCGUCGCUCCCAUAGCGGGUGACGUGCAAAAUCAAGCGCAACAAGGUGGAAUAUGACGGAGAGUCGCGGGAAUGUAUCGCAGAUUUACGGAAAAGGCUCAAAACCUUUUCCCACUACGUUAGUGACUAUUAUUAACAAACAAAAAACCUAUAAAAAAAAGAAAACCAAGAAAAAAAUCUUAUA